AUACAAAGCAAACAUGGUCCGCCCGGCUCCCAUUUCGCCCAAGUUCCGCGCUAACGUCGCUGGCUACUCUGCCGAGUCUGCCCGCUACUGGCUUGGCUCGAGCGCCCGCUGGGGUGCGGUCACUGGUCUGACGGCCCUGUUCAUUCUGUCGCAGGUGCCCACGAUCAAGUCGAGCAUUCUGCAGAAGACUCCGGUCCUCGGCUGGUACUGGAAGGUCGAGGAGGAGGCCAAGUAA